AUACACCUGCAAUGCAGUAUAUAUAACCACAAGGGUCCCUCACGAAGAAAAGUAUCACCCAACAUACCAUAAAUUCCUCCACCUUCCCUUCUGUGUACACAGAAACCUAGACAAAUUAGGAAGAUCAGAGAAAGAUGAGCAGUAUAGCCAUUUACACGUCCUUCUUGCGUGCCAUAUUAGGGCUAGUCGGAGUGAGACCCCAGUCAGUGGAGAUUGAGCCAGGAACAAUCGUGCACAUAUGGGCUCCAAGUGAAACUGCAAAGAAGACUACCAACAACCUCAAACAAGCCGAGAACAAACCGAGCAAACCUGCUGUGGUGUUUCUUCAUGGUUUUGGAUUUAAUGGCAUUCUAAGUUGGCAAUUUCAGGUGCUAGCCUUGGCUAAAGAGUACUCAGUUUACGUGCCAGAUUUCCUCUUCUUUGGAGGCUCGAUCACCGAUAGAACUGAGCGGUCACCAGCUUUUCAAGCAGAAUGCAUGGCUAAGUGUCUAAGGAAGCUCGGUGUAGAGAAGUGUACCUUGGUUGGAUUGAGCUAUGGAGGGAUGGUGGGGUUCAAGAUGGCUGAGAUGUUCCCUGACUUGGUCGAUUCCUUCGUUGUGAGCUGCUCUGUUAUGGCCUUGACAGAGUCCAUUAGUCGUGCUAGCCUUGAGAGAAUUGGCUUCCCAUCGUGGGUAAAACAUUUGGUUCCUGACACAGUCGAAGGUGUGAAAAAAAUUGUAGACGUUUCCACCUACAAAUCUCUGUGGAUGCCUCACUUUUUAUACAAAGAUGUUUUCGAGACCGCAUAUAAUAUCAACAGGAAGGAAAGAGUAGAGCUUCUGGACGCCCUCAUCGUAAAGGACGAGGACUUCAGCCUCACUUCUUACCCUCAGAAUACGGCGAAGAGGAUACAUCUCUUAUGGGGAGAGGAAGACAUAAUUUUCAACAUGGAAGUCGCUCGCAAUUUGCAAGAGAAAUUACUAGCUGGGAAAGCACCAUUGCAUUACAUAGAGAAGGCAGGCCAUGCGGUUCCAUUGGAACGCCCAUUUGCCUACAACAGGCAACUCAAGAAAAUUCUUGUCUCUUUGCAUGGAGAAUAAAAACAAAAAACAGUGCGACGGCCUUAUACCCGUCUCGCAAUUAUUGUCUGUCUUGUUUAUUUUCGAGUUGGGUAUGGAGAUUUGAUUGCCAUAAAUUAUGUAAGUCAUUACAUGACGAGUUUUAAGUGAAGGUUGAAAGUUUGAACAA